ACUGGGGGUGCCUGCGGGAGCCGCCGUCGCCGCUGCCGCGGAGGAGAAGGAGGAGGAGGUGGCUGCCGCCGAGGAGUCCCUUGCUGAAGGCGGACCACGGAGCGGCGGGCGGCGCGCGCGCGCUCGAGAGGCGGCUGUUAGAGAAGUGGAGCGGCGGCCGCGGGGGGAGGAGGAGGAGGAGGGACUGAGCGGCGGCGGCCCCCGCGUCCCGGUGCCUCUAUGGGGGAAGCAGACAAUGGAUUAUGAUUUCAAGGCGAAGCUGGCGGCGGAGCGGGAGCGGGUGGAGGAUUUGUUUGAGUACGAAGGGUGCAAAGUGGGACGCGGCACCUACGGGCACGUCUACAAGGCGAGGCGGAAAGAUGGAAAAGAUGAAAAGGAAUAUGCACUGAAGCAGAUUGAAGGCACAGGAAUAUCCAUGUCGGCUUGUAGAGAGAUUGCACUUUUACGAGAAUUGAAGCACCCUAAUGUGAUCGCGUUGCAGAAGGUAUUCCUUUCUCACAGCGACAGGAAGGUGUGGCUGCUGUUUGAUUAUGCAGAACAUGACUUGUGGCAUAUUAUUAAGUUUCACCGUGCUUCGAAAGCAAAUAAAAAACCCAUGCAGUUGCCAAGAUCUAUGGUUAAAUCCUUACUUUACCAGAUUCUCGAUGGUAUCCAUUACCUCCAUGCAAAUUGGGUGCUUCACAGAGACUUGAAACCAGCAAAUAUCCUAGUAAUGGGAGAAGGUCCUGAAAGGGGGAGAGUCAAAAUAGCUGACAUGGGUUUUGCCAGGUUAUUCAAUUCUCCUCUAAAGCCACUAGCAGAUUUGGAUCCAGUGGUUGUGACAUUUUGGUAUCGGGCUCCAGAACUUUUGCUUGGUGCAAGGCAUUACACAAAGGCCAUUGAUAUAUGGGCAAUAGGUUGCAUAUUUGCCGAAUUGUUGACUUCCGAACCUAUUUUUCACUGUCGUCAGGAAGAUAUAAAAACAAGCAAUCCCUUUCAUCAUGAUCAACUAGAUCGGAUAUUUAGUGUCAUGGGGUUUCCAGCAGAUAAAGACUGGGAAGAUAUUAGAAAGAUGCCAGAAUACCCCACACUUCAAAAAGACUUUAGAAGAACAACGUAUGCCAACAGUAGCCUCAUCAAGUACAUGGAGAAACACAAGGUCAAGCCUGACAGCAAAGUGUUCCUCUUGCUUCAGAAACUUCUUACUAUGGAUCCAACCAAGAGAAUUACCUCGGAGCAAGCUCUGCAGGACCCCUAUUUUCAGGAGGACCCCUUGCCAACCUUAGAUGUAUUUGCUGGCUGCCAGAUUCCCUACCCCAAACGAGAAUUCCUUAAUGAAGAUGAACCUGAAGAGAAAGGUGACAAGAAUCAACAACAGCAGCAGAACCAGCAUCAGCAGACCACAGCUCCUCCACAGCAGGCAGCAGCCCCUCCGCAGGCGCCCCCGCCACAGCAGAACAGCACCCAGACCAAUGGGACCACGGGCGGGGCCGGGGCUGGGGUGGGGGGUGCCGGAGCGGGGCUGCAGCACAGCCAGGACUCUGGCCUGAACCAGGUGCCUCCCAGCAAGAAACCACGGCUCGGGCCUUCAGGCACAAACUCAGGCGGGCCUGUCAUGCCCUCAGAGUAUCAGCACUCCAGUUCUCGCCUGAAUUACCAAAGCAGCGUUCAGGGAUCCUCUCAGUCCCAGAGCACACUAGGCUACUCCUCCUCGUCCCAGCAGAGCUCACAGUACCACUCAUCUCACCAGGCCCAUCGGUACUGACCCGCUGCACUCCGCCCAGGCCGGCCCAGAGCACAGACUCCAGCAAUAUGAUGUCUGCAUGGAAAAGAACCCAAACCUACAAACUGUGACGCCGUUUAAAACUUGUAUACUUGGGAGGAAAACUUUAUAUACUGAGCAUUUUGCAAGACUAAUACCUCUUCUUUAUUAACUUAAAGAAGAUCCUUGUGAAGUUUCCCCAGCACCCCGUCCCCGCAUGUGUUCCAUUGUGACUUCUCUGAUGCAGCGUCUGAUCUAAUCCCAGCACUUCUGUAACCUUCAGCAUUUUUUUUUUUUUGAAGGAUUUCCUGGUGCACCUUUCUCAUGCUGUAGCAAUCAUGAUGAUUUACCUUUUUGAAGCUCUUUUAAUAGGAUUUUAAUGUUUUAGAAACAGGAUUCCAGUGGUGUAUAGUUUUAUACUUCAUGAACUGAUUUAGCAACACAGGUGAAAAUGCACCUUUUAAAAGCACCACGUUGUUUUCACAGACUAUAACUGUUUUGCUCAUGGAAGUCUUAAACAGAAACUGUUACUGUCCCAAAGUACUUUACUAUCACGUUUUUAUUUAUCUAGUUUCAGGGAAGGUCAAAAUAAAAAAAGACAAGUGGUGGGACAGGAAAUCUACAACCAAAACCAGCCCAGAGCUCUGCAGUGACUGGGCUUCAUGCUGUAAAGAACUGAAGUGUGUGGUAAUUUCUAUAUAAUCAUCCAUAUGGAACAUAGUUCCUAGGAUCAUCUUAUUCUGAAUAGUGUUCAGUAAUUAAGAAUUAUAAUUUUAACCUUCAUGUAGCUGAGCCUACCUAAAAAAGGGUUCCAAGAGCUUUGAUGAAAUAUAAGUCUCUGGUGACCCACACCAAAAUGCUGAAGAGAGUAUCAGCUGCACUAGGAUUUCUUUAAGGAGUAAUUUUGAUCAAAGGAUGUGUUCCUUCCCUUUGAAGGAAAAGCUUUUAGCCUGCAUUGUACAUAAAGUUGGCUUCUCUAAAGAACUGUUGGUUUCUUCGUACCUGGGUCUACGUGAGUAACUCUCUUACAUAAUCAAGGGUAUUCAAGUAGAAGCCUGCAAAUUAAUCUGCUUUUAAAAUAAAGAGCAGUGUUCUCCAUUUGUAUUUGCAUUAGACAUAGAAUGACUAUUUUUAAAGCAUGUUAAAAAUGUAGGUUUUAUUCAUGUUUAAAGUAUGUAUUAUGAAUGCUUAAUUUUGCUGUUGUUACUGAAACUUAAAUUCUACCAAGAAUCUUUUCAUUGCACUGAAUGCUUUCUUUUGCCCCUAGGAGAAAACUUAAUAAUUGUGCCUAAAAACUAUGGGCAGAUAGUAUAAGACUAUACUAGAUAAAGUGAAUAUUUGCAUUUCCAUUAUCUAUGAAUUAGCGGCUAAGUUCUUUCUUAGCUGCUUUAAGGAGCCCCUCACUCCCCAGAGUCAAGAGGAAGUGUAAAGACUUGGAGCUCCCCUUAAUGUAAUGUGUGGGACAAGCAAUUUGUGUUCUUCUGAAUGCUACUAGCAGCACCAGCCUUGUUUUAAGUGUUUUGCUAGAAGAAAUAGCUGAUUGUUGUAUAUGCAAAUUAUAUGCAUUUUUUAAAACUAUUCUUUGUGAACUUAUCUACCUGGUUAUGAUACUCUGGGUCCAUACACAAGUAAAAUAAGAUGUUAGACAAAAGCCAGUAUACAUUUUGCACUAUUGAUGUGAUACUGUAGCCAGCCAGGACCUUACUGAUCUCAGCAUAAUAAUGCUUAUUAAUAAUAAAGACUGUCUAGUGACACUCAUCAAGACGAAAGAUGAAGCAGGUGACAUGUUCCAUUGGAAGGAAUUUCUGAUCAUCUCCAUGCUAUUUUACCCCUUCCAUUCUUUUUAAAAUAAGAAAUUAACAGCCUUCCACACCAUGUAGCUGUCUGCAUACAGUUGUGUCCUGUGCCCCACGGCCUCAUGGUCCAGAGCUCACUGCACCCUCAGCCUGUUUCCUGUGCUCGGUGGGAAACACAAAGGGCAGGGUGCACUUUAUUCCUCACAGAGCUUACGACCAGUUUGGGGACAGUGAGCUCUCCUGGGAUGUCUGUGCCAUGUGAUGGUACGGAGGUCCUUUUGUUUAUUUCUAGACUCACUGGGAAAGUUAUAAUCCUAAAUUCUGCUCUAUGGAGAAGAGCAUCACGGAGGAUUUCUGUGUCUGUCCACCUUGGAGAAAGCCAGUGAUGAUGGACAUCCCAAAGGGCACCCACGGACAUUUGAAAUGUUCACAGCAGCCCUGCAACAACAACCACCGGGUGGCUCUUGUAGGCAGAACACGCUCUGCUAAUUGACUGGGUAAUUACAAUGAAAGUAGCAGCUCUGCUCCUGCCCUCAAGGGAGCUUAAGAUUAAUAAAAGAAGACAAACUCAAAUAUAAACACACACCAAAAUGCCAUGCCCCUUAAUACUUUAUAAGCAACUUUGCCACACGGAUCUUAUGGUAUGUGCUUGUACAUUCACAGGACUGCCCUGCUUUCCUUGUGUAUAAUGGAUUUUAUGUGAGGGCAGUGGUGGCACCGAGACCAGUACAUAGCGGCACUGGGUACUCUUUCUCCAGUACCCAGCCAGAAACCCCCAUUACUCAUGUGGCUGGGUUUCUUGUCACCACACUGCCAUGGCCUUUUUCUCCUCUUUCUUACCUCACAGUUGAUGUUGCCCACUGGUUCCUAUCACCCUUUGAAGUAAUUUUGGUUCAUAAUUUCCUUUCUCUAUAGAGGGGAACAGAGCCUUUAACACACCGAAGGGACCUAAAAUUGUGGGACCUCUAAGGAGACCCGUAUGCUUUUUGAGGACAAAAUUACCUUCGUGGUCUCCCAAUGACCAUAUUCUUUAAAAAAUGCAUUAGAUAUUGUUACACCUCAGCCGUGGGAACACCAAACCUAGGGAGGUUAUUAGAAGGAAGGAGGGAAUCAAAGUGAAGGUUUUCUGUUGUCAGAUUACUACAGACCAGUUUUAAAGUUACCUUUCUGGGGAGGUGUGCAUUUGGGAAAGGGGAUUGGCGAGUUUCAGGACAGAUGAGCCCAAGAUGUGGCGGCUUGGUGCAGGGCUGAUGCUCUGAGCUGCAACGGUCCGUGUGAUGAAGGACAUCACGCCGUGACGUACAAAAACCAAGGGUUGUGUCUAUUUUUAUAUCGGUGUUUUGAGACUGUAGUACUUAGAAUUUUGGCCUUCUGCACUAUUCUUUUGCUCGUUCAAAUGUAGUAGGAAUGGAAAGGGAUGACGUUUUCAUACGUGUUCGGCUUCAUUCCUGGUGAAGCAACUGCUGGUUGGUCCCUAUGUCUCUAAAAUGAUGCUGUUUUCUCUGCCAAAAGUAAAGGAAAAGAAAAAAAGAGUUGGAGAAUAAGACUUGUAGCUUGAUAUGCUUUCAAAAAAAAUUAUGUAGCAGAAACUAUAUGAUGAAGGAGGAAUUCUGUGAAAAUUGCAAAUCCAAAACUCUGGUGAUGUCUUCCUAGGGAGUGAAACGGCAGUUCGACUCACAGAGACUUGAAGGAUUCAAGGAAAAGUAAUAUUUUAUAUAAAACAUAGCAGUUCAGGUCCCCAUAAUCCUCAAGAAUAGUUACAAAAACCAUAAAACAAAACUCAAUUGUUCUAGGAUUUUUAAAAAAUGUGUUGUACCUAAGGCCAUACUUACUCUUCUAUGCUAUCACUGCGAAGGAGUGAUAUGUUUGUAUUAUACGAUUAAAAAAAUCCUUAAUGCACUGUUAUCUCCUAAAUAUUUAGUAAAUUAAUACUAUUUAAUUUUUUAAAGAUUUGUCUGUGUAGACACUAAAAGUAUUACACAAAAUCUGGACUGAAGGUGUCCUUUUUAACAGCAAUUUAAAGUACUUUUUAUAUAUGUUAUGUAGUAUAUCCUUUAUAAACUGGCUAGUUUGUAUUUCCUAUAAUUCCUAUUUGUGAAGUGUACCAGUUCUCGUCUCUUUUUUCAGUCAUUUUCUGCACGCCUCCCUCUUUAUAUGAUGAUAGAGAUGACGGUAGCUUUCCACACUCCACUGCAAGGGGUGUGCUUGGAGCUGGCUGCGCCCCAGCAAGCUCUGUGGGGUGCAGGACGAGCUGCCACUUUGCAGGGAGUGUUUUCUUGCUUUUGAGUUGUUCUGACAUUCUUAUCGAAAUGACUGUUAAAACUAAAAUAAAUUACAUUGCAUUUAUUUUAUAUUCUUGGUUGAAAUAAAAUGUAAUUGACUU